CUCCAGAAACCAACAUAAAGAAGAUGUCUGACGCUCUGUGUAUUGUGGGUUCCAUGUUUGGAUCAGCAGACGGACAGCAAGACUGUGGCUCCUGUUACAUGAUAAAUAUGACGUCUGUAAUAGCCAUCAUUGCCUCAGAUAUCAUGUUGACUAUCUUCAUCACUAUUUCUGUGUUCUGCUUCGUAAUGCACCAAAAGAGAAAGAGGGAAUGGAAUUCUCGUGAUACUAAACGGAGUCUUCCAUCAUCAGUAUCAAAGAAAAUGUCAACAGAGGUCACAGAAUCUCCAUACCAGGAGUUACAUGGAGUCCAGUCAGAUGUGUACAGUGAGCUUCGGCACUUUAGGAAAUGAAACAGUGCAACUAAAAAAAACCUCAACCUGUUAAAGCUAAAAACUGUUUAAUACCGCACACUUUUCUACACACUUCUUGUUUUGCCACUUAUACUCUCACUAUAAGUACUAUAUAUAUAUAUA